AGAGCAGUAGUGACCAUGCUGGGCUCUGUGAUUCUCCUAUGGAUCAGCUUCAGCCUCCUCUUCCUCCUCUUCAGAAAUAGGAGGCCAAAAAACUUCCCUCCUGGACCUUGGCCCAUCCCAAUAUUUGGAAACCUGCUGCAGCUAAACCUGGUCAAUCCUCUCAAAGAUCUCAGAAAGCUGUCGGAACGCUAUGGGAAGGUCUACAGUAUCUAUAUCGGGAGCACGCCAGCUGUGGUGCUCAACAGUCUGCAGGCAAUGAAGGAAGCACUGGUCACUCAAUCUGUGGAGUUUGCUGGACGACCCCAAGACCUUAUGGUAAAUCACCUAACAGAGAGCAAAGGGGUUGUAUUGACUAAUGGGCCUAUGUGGAAGGAGCACCGGAGAUUCGCACUAACAACCCUACGGAACUUUGGCCUGGGGAAACGAUCCAUGGAGGAGAGGAUUCUGGGAGAGACUUCCUACAUAGCCUCACAUUUGGAAAAUAAUGCAGGUAAAGCUAUAGACUCGCAGAUCCUGUUCCACAAGGCCUCAUUCAACAUCAUCUGCACUAUAUUGUUUGGGACUCGAUUCAAACAUGAAGAUGAGUUUCUACAGCAAAACAUCAGCCAUAUCACAGAAGUUGCAAAGAUCAUCAAUGGCCCCUGGAGUAUGAUUUAUGAAAUGUUGCCCCUGCUGAGGCACCUCCCCCUGCCCUUCCAGAAGGCCUUUCAGAACAUGAACAUGAUCAGAAAGUCACUGGCAGACCAGGUAUCCCAACACAAAGAGUCUUGGGUACCAGGAGAGCCACGAGAUCAAACGGACUGCUACCUUGAUGAAAUGGACAAGAGAGGAGAUGAUGGUUCCUCCUUCAGUGAAAAACAGCUGGUCAGCUAUCUGCUGGACCUUCUCUUUGCUGGAACAGACACUAGCUCCAACACACUGCUCACGGCCUUUCUAUACCUCAUGACUCACCCAGAUGUUCAGGAGAGGUGUCAGAAGGAGAUUGACGAAGUGCUUGGGGAGAAGGAGCAGGCCUCUUAUGAGGACAGACACAAGAUGCCCUACACACAGGCCAUGAUCCACGAGGCUCAGCGAGUCGCAGACACGGUGCCGCUCAGCGUCUUCCACACCACCACCAAAGACACACGGCUGAUGGGCUACGAUAUCCCCAUGGGAACUGUCAUCAUUCCCAACCUGUCCUCUGUGCUGAGUGAGGAAAGCCAGUGGAAGUUUCCAAAGGAAUUCAACCCCUCCAACUUUCUAAAUGAUCAAGGAGAGUUUGUGAAGCCAGAAGCCUUCAUGCCCUUCUCGACGGGGUCUCGGGUGUGUCUGGGAGAGGGUCUCGCUCGCAUGGAGCUCUUCCUGAUUCUUGUGACACUGCUACGCCGCUUCAACUUUGUCUGGCCUGAAGACGGAGGGCUGCCUGACUACACCCUCAUUUUUGGUCUCACUCAAACACCCAAACCCUACAGACUGGGUGUCAGACUAAGAGGCAGUUGAGAUUUUACAUUAGGCACCUGCAUGGAAAUUCAUGAUGCAUGAAAAUGCAUAUCCCUAAUUAAUCAAAUUGCAAAGUAGUGCAAAAAUCAGCUUGGUCAAUGAAGUAAACUUAUGAAACAGUCACAAUUAUAAGGGUGUUGCUUGGAGUCAUUUUCCUUGGAAAACACAGCUUAGUGUGCGUGUAUACUUCCGCAGCUGCAUUGACAGCAGGCUAUCCCUUGUUGUGUGUGAGGGGGUCUGCAGUGUUCCAGCCACACGGAGCUGUUGUGUGAACUGCAUAAGUGUGGGCAAACUAACUCCUCCCGCACAGGCCCAGUUGGAAAAUUAAUGUUUAGCGUUGGGUGCAAGCCAUUGUAAAUGAAAGGACUACUGAAGUGGAGAUUUUGCCUAGCAACAUGUCAUUAAACACGUAAUUUAAAAAAAAUGUAAUGCCAGCAUUUUACCGUCGGAGGAAAAACUUGAAAUUAAACAUCUGGGUCCACAUAG